UUGAGGUUCGUAGUUUAACUUACUGUAGUUAUUUGGGAGAAGGAGGACAUCCACGUGUUUGGACAGUAUUUCUGGAACAUCUGCGUAUUUCGGUGGAUGGCAAAGUGAGCCGGUGGCACUGUGAUCAGCAAAAUGUCAACGUUUCGUAAGAAGGUGGACAAUCGUAUCCGCGUCCAGAUUGAGAAUGGCGUGGUGCAGCACCACCGUACACUAUUUGUGGUUGUCGGCGAUCACGGCAGAGACCAGGUGGUUAUCCUACAUCAUAUGCUGUCCAAAGCCACAGUUAAAGCCCGACCUUCGGUCCUGUGGUGUUAUAAGAAAGAGCUGGGAUUCAGCAGUCACCGCAAAAAGAGAAUGAGGCAGUUGCAGAAGAAGAUCAAGACAGGCACCCUCAACCUGAAGCAGGAUGACCCUUUUGAACUGUUCAUUGCUGCCACCAACAUCCGCUAUUGCUACUACAAUGAGACGCACAAGAUCUUGGGGAACACCUACGGCAUGUGCAUCCUGCAGGACUUUGAGGCCGUGACUCCCAAUCUCCUGGCGCGAACCAUCGAGACUGUGGAAGGAGGGGGUAUUGUGGUGAUUUUGCUGAGAACCAUGAACUCACUCAAACAGCUGUAUACAAUGACAAUGGAUGUCCAUUCUCGUUAUAGGACCGAGGCACAUCAGGAUGUUGUUGGGAGGUUCAAUGAGAGGUUUAUCUUGUCUCUGUCCUCCUGCAAGUCAUGUGUUGUUAUUGAUGAUCAGCUCAACGUCCUGCCCAUCUCUAGCCACAUUGCUAAUAUCAAGCCAGUCCCUCCUAAGACACAGGAGGACAGCUUGUCUCCACAGGAGCUGGAGCUCAAAGAGCUGAAGGAGUCUCUUCAGGACACCCAGCCUGUAGGAGUGUUAGUGGACAGCUGUAAGACUCUGGACCAGGCAAAGGCUGUGCUAAAGUUCAUCGAGGCUAUCUCUGAGAAGACCCUGCGGAGCACAGUGGCUCUUACCGCUGCUCGUGGACGGGGCAAGUCAGCUGCCCUGGGCAUGGCCAUCGCUGGGGCUGUGGCAUUUGGCUACUCUAAUAUCUUUGUGACAUCCCCCAGCCCGGAUAACCUCCACACAUUGUUCGAAUUCAUUUUCAAGGGCUUUGAUGCUCUUCAGUACCAGGAGCACCUGGACUAUGAAAUCAUCCAGUCCUUGAAUCCUGAGUUUAACAAGGCGGUUGUGAGAGUUAACAUUUUCAAAGAGCAUCGUCAGACUAUUCAGUACAUCCACCCUGCUGACUCAGUGAAGCUGGGCCAGGCAGAGCUACUUGCGAUUGAUGAGGCAGCGGCCAUCCCCCUGCCUCUGGUGAAGAAGCUGCUGGGCCCCUACCUGGUGUUCAUGUCCUCCACCAUCAAUGGGUACGAGGGCACAGGGCGCUCACUGUCGCUCAAGCUUAUCCAGCAGCUGAGACAGCAGAGUGCAGACAGCCAACAGAGCCUGUCCGCUGAAAACAAGGGCACCAACACUGCCCGUCUGGCCACAGCACGCUCCCUUCACGAGGUAUCCCUCCAGGAGUCGAUCCGGUACGCCCCUGGGGACCCAGUGGAGAAGUGGCUGAACAACUUGCUGUGCCUCGACUGCCUGAGCAUCCCCAGGAUUAUCUCUGGCUGCCCCCUUCCCCAGACCUGUGACCUAUAUUAUGUGAACAGGGAUACAUUGUUCUGCUACCACAAGGCCUCUGAGGCAUUCCUGCAGAGGCUUAUGGCUCUAUAUGUGGCUUCACAUUACAAGAACUCACCCAAUGAUCUCCAGAUGCUCUCUGAUGCCCCAGCACACCACCUCUUCUGCCUGCUGCCCCCUGUUCUACCUACCCAGAAUUCCUUGCCAGAGGUCCUAGCAGUCAUACAGGUGUGUCUUGAGGGGGAGAUUUCACGCCAGUCCAUCAUGAACAGCCUGUCCCGUGGGAAGAAGGCCUCUGGGGACCUCAUCCCCUGGACCAUUUCGGAACAAUUCCAAGACCCUGAGUUUGGCAGUCUGUCUGGAGGAAGAGUGGUGCGCAUCGCAGUGAAUCCAGACUAUCAAGGGAUGGGCUAUGGGUCACGAGCUCUCCAGCUGCUGCAGUUGUACUACGAGGGUCAGUUUCCCUGCCUAGAGGAGACAGCUCAGACCACAGCUAGUGAGAUUACUCCUGUUAGCAGUGAGGCGGUCAGUCUGCUAGAGGAAGUGGUGGCGCCCAGGAAGGACCUGCCCCCGCUGCUUCUGAGGCUGAAUGAGAGGCCAGCCGAGAAGCUGGACUACCUGGGCGUGUCCUAUGGUCUGACACCCCAGCUGCUCAGGUUCUGGAAGCGAGCUGGAUUUGUUCCUGUCUAUUUAAGACAGACCCCGAAUGACCUGACGGGGGAGCACUCGUGUGUGAUGCUGAAGGAGCUGAACACAGAGGAGGCCUCAGAGCAGGGGCAGUGGCUCUUUGCCUUCUGGAAAGACUUCCGCCGACGCUUUCUGUCUCUGCUGUCAUACCAGUUCAGCAGAUUUCCCCCAAGCCUGGCCCUCAACAUCCUGCAAAACAAGAAUGCCAAGCAGGACACCCAGCCAGCACUCACAAGCUCAGAGCUGGCUACUCACUUCACCCCCUAUGACCUCAAGCGUUUGGAGAUGUACUCCAGAAACAUGGUGGACUACCACCUCAUCAUGGACAUGAUCCCCUCCAUGUCCAGAAUGUUCUAUCUCAAGCAGCUAGGGGACAUCUCUCUCUCUGCUGCACAGAGUGCUCUACUGCUGGGUGUUGGGCUGCAGCACAAGACAGUGGACCAGCUGGAGAAGGAGAUUGAGCUCCCCAGUAGCCAGCUCAUGGGACUGUUUAACCGCCUCAUACGCAAGGUGGUGCAGUACUUUAACAGCAUUCAAGAGAAGGCAGUUGAAGCCGAGAUGGUGGCAUCCAAAGACAUUGCCAUGGAGCCAACUGUCCGAACACUAAAUGAGGAUCUGGAUGAAGCAGCUAAAGAGUUCCAGGAGAAGCACAAGAAGGAAAUGGAGCAGAUCAAAGAGAUGGACCUCACACAGUAUAUGAUCCGAGGAGAUGAUGAGGAAUGGGACCAGGUGUUGAAGAAAGCUGGUCACACAGCCAUCGUCAGCAUAAAGAGUGACAAGAAGCGGAAACUGGAGAGUGGAAGCAACAAAGGGGAGCAGUGGCCGAACAAGAAACUCAAGAAAAAGGGCAAGAAUGACAAAAAGGGCAAAUUUGGCAAAUAAGCACCUCGCCCUGAAGCCAUAUGUAGUUUAUAGCACAGACCUGACAAAAGAAGGUGGAUCCCAGUGUGUCGCCCUCUCAAGGAUGGCCCUAUCCUCUGACUCAUUUUUGAUCACAGGAGCCCACUUAAGCUGCUUUGUUUGUAGAUGUCCUCAGUUUCACAGAGAGUCCCAGACCGAGAUCAGUGGACGUCUGCAUGCUCUCACCUGUAGAAGAUGAAAAUUUGGAUUUAAUUGACUGUGUGUUUUUUCUUUAUUUUACGUUUUUUAAAAGUAACAAACUCCCUCUGACCCAAAAUUCUAUGUAAAAUAGCCUUGAAGGCUGACAGAAUAAAUUGUUUGAUUUUUGU